ACUGAAUUCACCAACGAAGACAAUGUGAUACUUCUUUAUAAAAAGGACGACAUGCCAUUCUCCCUUACGAUACCUUCGACCACGGAAGUGAACAUGAAUUUCACAGCAGUGAGUUGCGAUGAAGAAGGCGACUACAAUAUCAUAUUAAAUGAUGCUGUUUCCGCGACUCUUACAUUGAAGGUUGUUUCUGAAUCAGCAAUACCAGAAAUUAAUAUACCAGACAAGGUAUAUCUCGGACAAGAGGCAGAAGUUGAGUGCACUGCUCUGAUUGGAAAAGGAGAAUCUGGUCAAACUGAAGGGCAGCUUCUGCUGGAAACCAAUUUUGGGGAUAAUGGUAGCAAUGUAACGUACAACGGAUCAGAUACAUUGGAAGAAGAUGAUUGUUACUUUAAAGCCUCGAUUUCAGUACCGAUACCUACUUCUAAAAACACUACAGACUUGUGGGCACAGUGUGUAAUUCGUCCACUGCAGGGAGAUGACCUUUUGUCUGAAAAGAAAGUCAUUCACAUUCUAACAUUUGUGAAUCUUGAAGGAUUGCAGUUCAAGAUUUUCACCAAAGAAAAUAACGAAUUUUGGCAUUUUGACGGAAAUAAUCCCAAUGUAAAGGCAGUUUCAUCAAGAGAAAGAACAGACUUUUCCAUUUCUUCCAAUAUAGUCUGUGAUUCAGUGUCGCAGACCACAGGUAUCGGUGAAUCUGUUAUGUUUACAUGUGCACUUGAAGACAUUACUAAUAUCACAAGUGUUAUUGUUACGAAAAAUUCUACUGAAUUUAUCAAAGAAGACAAUGUGAUACUACCUUAUAUAAAGGACGAUAUGCCAUUCACACUUACGAUACCUUCGAUUACGGAACUGAACAUGACUUUCACAGCAGUGAGUUGCGAGGAAGAAGGCGACUAUAUUAUCAUUUUAAAUGAAGUUCUCUCCGCGACUCUUACACUGAAUGUUGAGUGUACGUAA